AUGACGUUGAUCAACCUCUUCACGCUCUUCGUGUGCGUUUCGCUGUCCAUCGUGAUAGAUCUCAACGCAGCCCCCGGCGUUCUGCGUGUUCCAACGGAACAGGAGCAUGUGGGGGCUUUGGUGAUCAAAGCAAUGGAGAAAAGUCGCGCUUCGUCGUCCUCUGGAACAAAGUGGCUCCCCAACCUCCUUAGCCGGGUAAGGCUGAGGUUUCAUCCGGUGGAGCCUAGGGACGCGGUGUGUGCCACGAAAGCCAUCUAUGACGAGAGGCUAAAUACUCUCGAGGCAAAGCUUAAGAGCGUGACACCUGUCGACGUCAAGGAGCCAAGUAAGCUCAAGGAGGAGCUUAACGUCGUACUCGACCCUCGAACAACCCUCGCGGAAUUGUUGUGGAACAAGGACACUUAUCUGAAGGACAUCCUGAAACAAGCCGAUCAAACUCACCUGAACCCAUUCGAUCGCGCCUAUCUCGUCGUCAAGAGUGACCAGUUCCAGGCAAUUUACGAACAUCUUCAUCUACACGACGAGACACUAGUGAAUAAGGCACUAGUGGACAAGGCAUUGUUCGAUUUCGUGGGGGGUUUCGAUCACCCGAAAGAAGUGGCUGAGCUUCUCUUUCUGGCAGGAAAACAUGAUAAGGAUGAGCGAGUCAAGAUGUAUGCGGCAGUGUUGCAGGAUUUCCAGUUUCAGUGUUGGAAGGUCAGGAAGAAAAGUCCGGAGAGUGUUGCCCUGGAAGUUUUUGGUGUCAAUGACGUGAGUCCUCAACAGCUCGAAGAGAACCCAGUGUUGAAGGGCAUCUUGGACAGCUACUCGAAGUACAUGGCGAAAGGAAUGGCACCUGAGCUCCCAAAGUAG